AUGAGUGAGUACAAGGUGACGAAGAAGAAGAGUCGGCUGGUGGCACCGGAGAACAGACAGAGAGCAGCGUUCAGUUGUGACAGGUGCAAGACUAAAAAGAUCAAGUGCAAGAGGAUUGGUGACGGUGGAGAUGGUAAUGGUAAUGGUAAUGGUUCACGGUGUAUGAGUUGUGAUAAGUUAGGAUUGGAAUGCUUGACAAGUAUACCCAGAAGAAGAAGGGUUUAUAGCUCAUAUGAGAAUUUAGGAAUGCAUUACAAGAGUUUAUUGACUCUUGUUCAAGGGCUUUAUCCAGAUUUAGAUAUAAAUGAUAUUGAUCAAGUUAUUAAAUUGGGUGAAUCAAUGGGUACUAAAAUGCCUAAAGAAUUACCUGAGAAUGAAUUAGGAACCAUGGAAUUAGAAUCUAAAAUUUUAAAACCAUUUUCUCCAAGAUUAGAAUCACCAAAAACUCAAAAUAUUAUAAGUAACCAUACCACUCCUCAAUCAAAAUUGGGAACCACACCAGAAGAAUUAUCAUCAAAACAACAUGUUCAAACACCAUCAGAAUUUCCUACAAAGGACACUGUGGUUAUUGAUUCAAGAGGUGAUAGACAUUAUGUUGGAUCUUCAGGUACUUCAGUUUUAUUUACUGUAUUAUGUGAUUUAUUAUUAAAACGAUCAUAUAGAACAAAUUUAUCAUUUGAUUAUGAAUUAAAAUUAUUUCAAAAUAAAGUUGAUAAUCAAUCCAAGGCACAAAUUGCAGAUUUAAUCACAAAAGAAUCAAAUUUCCCCAUUGUGAAAUUUAUUAAUAGAGAAGAAUCAGAUAAAUAUAUUAAUUUUUUUUUCAAAUAUUUUCAUCCUUUUUUUUUCAUAUUUGAUGAAGAAAAUUUUAGAUUAAAAUAUGAAAAAUAUUGGGAAAUACUAGGCUCAAAUAAUAUCAUAGGAAUUCAGGAUAAGUUAUCAAAUUCAUUUGUUGGUUGUAUUUAUUUAAUUUGGCUAACUUGUUCAAAACAUAUCAAUAAUUCUACACAAAUUUUAGAUAUUAAUAAAAUUUUUGAAGUUUUACAAAUUAUUUUAUCAGAUGUUGUAUUAGCAUCAACAAUUAAUUCAAUUCAAUUUCUUUAUUUAUUUGCCCGGUAUUUACAUUCAACUAAAAAUAGAGAUUCUGCAUGGAAUUUAAUUGGUCUUGCCGUUAGACAAGCAAUUUCAUUAGGGAUUCAUAAAAAAAUUAUGUCUAAGAGAACUGAACAUUCAACAUUAACAAGUCAAGUUUUUUGGUCAUUAUAUAGAACUGAAUUAACUUUAUGUUCAAUAUUUGGAAGACCAAGUAAUAUUAAUGAAGAUGAAAUUGAUGUUGAUUAUCCAAAUUUACAAACUAGUUAUCCAAAUUUAUCAGAAGAGUUUAAAAUUUAUUAUAUAAAAGUUACAAAAUUAUCAAGAUUCUUGAAUAAAAUUAUUAAAGAACGUAAAAAUUCUUAUCAACAACAACAACCAAUAUCAUUAAUAAAUAUUGAAAGAACUUUAUUAUUAAAAAAUCAAUUAAUUCAAUUAUAUCAAGAUUUAAAAAUAAUAUCAAUUGAUCAAAUCCAAACAAUUUAUGAAUUUAAAUUAAAUUUAGUUUAUAAUUAUUAUAUGGUUACAUUAACAUUACCAUUCAUGGUUUAUAUAUCAUCAACAAAUUAUCAAGUUUUAAAUGAUGAAACAUUAUUAAAUUUAAUGAAGACUGGAAUUUAUGCAUCUUUAGAAAUUUCAAAAUUAUUAAUUAAAGCCACUGAAUUAAAAUUUAAUAAAGGUUCAGUUGCAAUGGAUUGUAUUUAUGCAUAUCCUGCUACAUUAGUUUCUGCAUUUUUUUAUAUUUAUUUAUCAAAUACAUCAAAUGAUAUGAUAUCAAUUAAAAUUUCACCAGAUUUAAUAAUUGAUAAAAAGGAAUUAAUUAAAAUUAUUUCAAAUGUCUUGAUAUUCAUGGAAAGUUCUAAAUUAGAUAGUACAACUCUUAGAAUUUAUGAAGUUAUAAAAGGUAUUAAAAAUGAUUUAAAAUUAGUGGAAAUUCAAGAUAAUUUAAAAUUUGAUUUUUUAGAUUUUAUUAAUGGAUCUGAUCAAGUUUUUGAUUCUUUAUUAACUAAUGAUGAUAUUUAUACAAAUGGGUUUGAUAUGGGGGCAGGUUUAGGACUUUAA